ACCUUCCCCCUGUCCCCAACCUUCCCCAACCUCCUCCAACCCUUGUCCCCAACCUUCCCCCUGUCCCCAACCUUCCCCAACCUCCUCCAACCCUUGUCCCCAACCUUCCCCCUGUCCCCAACCUUCCCCAACCUCCUCCAACCCUUGUCCCCAACCUUCCCCCUGUCCCCAACCUUCCCCAACCUCCUCCAACCCUUGUCCCCAACCUUCCCCCUGUCCCCAACCUUCCCCAACCUCCUCCAACCCUUGUCCCCAACCUUCCCCCUGUCCCCAACCUUCCCCAACCUCCUCCAACCCUUGUCCCCAACCUUCCCCCUGUCCCCAACCUUCCCCAACCUCGGGUCCCAGCCCCACCUCGACAUGGGGGAGCCGUGGGGCGGGAGGGACCCCCUGCUGGGACCUCCUGGACGUGCCAGUGGGGACCUGGGGGGUGACUUUGGGGUCCCCUACGAGGACCUUUGGGACAGCCAGGGAGACCUCAGCCGUGUGGCCUUUGGGGACCCCUCUGUGGGUGCUGAGGACCCCUUAGGUAGAGAUGACAUGGAUGUGGAGGUCAAGGGGCCUCUCUGA